AUGGUCCACGGGGCCCCACAUGACCUGCCCCCCACCUUCCUCUUCAGCCUCUUCCCUGUCCGCCGCGAGCCCACCGUGCCGCUCUUGGUGAUGCUGCCUCCUCUCACGGCGCUGCUGCUCGGGGCGGCCACCGCGGCUCCCCUGGCACCGAGACCCUCCAAGGAGGAGCUGACCCGCUGUCUGGCAGAAGUGGUCACAGAAGUGCUGAUGCUGGGCUAGGCCAAGCGAGGCCCCUGCAUGGCUCUCCUCCACAAAGAAAUGUGUGAGACAGAGUCCUGUGGCUCCACUGUGGGUGGGUCCUGUGGGUCCACCGAAGAGAAAGACCUCCAGGUUGGGGAUUUUAAAAAGCCAGAGGCUGGGAAGACAAGGUCCAGCCAGGAGGUGAGGGACGAGGAAGAGGAGGCAGCAGAAAGGACCCCCAAGUCCGAAGUGCGGGAACAGGCCAUCCGCGAGCAGCUCCACAGCCGGCUCCACCAGGAGGACCACGAAGAGGAGGAGGAGGAAAAGAAGACGGGGGCCGUGGAGACCUUUGAGGGCCCCCAGAAGCGGGUGGCAGAGCAGACCAGCGAUGAGGAGACGGCCCAGUUCGAGGCAGAGGAGAAGGGGGUGCAGGUGCUGGGCAGGGGCCACAGCCUGUGGCAGGGGGCCGAGGCGGGUGGAGAGAGGCACGAGGACCGCCACCACCUCCACCAGCCAGAAGCUGAGCCCAAGCAGGAGAGAGAGGCUUCGGACAGGGAGGAGCGUGAUGUGGAGUGGCUGGAGCACACGAGAGAUGAGCCGAAGAAGGCGACAGAGAUGCUGGGAGAGGAGCUCAGGAGGGCGGGCUGACCCCUGACCUCGUGUCCUCCUUCUUCACACACCCUACGGCUUAGGCCUGUUGACCCCCAAACCCUUCCUGUCUGUCACCCCACUCUGCUCCCCAACCUGCAGGAGUGGGGAGAAGGGUGUGCCUUGAAACCAGACCUGAGGGGCCAAGUCUGAGCUGGGUAGAGGGGCUGGGCUCAGACUGACUCAGGAAACAGCCCUGACACCCAUCUAACCCACUCCAACCCUCCCGAGUGGAUAAAGCACAAAGAAAACCACCGAGGCUUAUCGUGUAGCACUUGAUUUUAGAGGGACAGGAGCUGAGGAGUGGGCGGGAGGCCUGGGAAGGCGACUGUCAUCUAGUCACUGGUUGUCAGAACUGGGAUUUUUAUUAAAUUGGAAACUCUAUCCUAUUAAGUCAGAUGGGGUCGUCAGGGAGCGGUUUCGAGGCUGGGGUGGGAGGUAGCUGGUUUGGGCUCCGGCCACUGUGGACCACGAUGUCGUCAUAUUCAUCCUGGGGGCAGAGGGGGCCAGGCAGAGGGGCUCAGGCGGCUGCCACCUUGCUCGCUGCCCGA